GUAGGGGAGAAAUCCACUACAAACUAUCAAAUAGAGUAACGUAAAUUAUACGCAAUUCAGUCUUCAAGAAAUCUAGCUGUCAAGGUUUUGUAUAACUCCCCCUAAGUUUACACUAAAAAUACAGAUAAAAGUGAACGUUAUUAGGAUGCAUAUAAAACGUGUGGGACUAGGCAGAUACAAGGAAAUUAAAAAUACUGUAGUCAGCUUUCAGUAGGAAUUACAUAAUUAAAAAGUUGAUUUCGCUUUAUAAAAUGAUCCUUGCAUUUUAUAUUUGAAGGCAACUGAGGGAGGUGUGCUUAUAGUAUAGUAUUUCUGAAAUAUUGCAUUUGACUGUGAAAGAGAGAAAGAGAGAGAGAGAGAGAGAGAGAGAGACAACAGAGCUUCCUGAGGAGAAUGACCCAAAACGGAUGUGCUCAACCGCAGGUCACUCGAACUCACUCAACAGGUGCGGUUCUCCACUCAAGUUCCUCAGUCAAUCAAAAACCUUGUAAGCUGACUAAUAUAUUAAAUUAUAUAUUAUAUUAUCUAUUUAUCAUAAUAUAUAAUCUUCAUUUUGUAACUCAAUAAUAUUUUGUGGCGAAUAUUGUAUACUUGUAUUUAUCUGUGAUUUUAGAAGAUAAUAUAAGGUCUCAUUUGAAGUUUGUUGACAAUAUGGCAGGAGUGUACUAGUUUAUGUGACACAACUUGGUUUACAAUACAAAGUGCAAUGUGGGAAGCUAGCAGUUGACAUGCAGCUAUUCCGUCAAAAUGCACGAACUCUUCACACAAGUCCUCUCGCACAAGGAUCUCUCAAAGGCUGGUGACUUGUUUAAUGUGUCUGACCAUGUGAUUGUCAAUGAUCUGACAGAUGUGGUUAACAAAAUUCUGGAAAUUGCCAGCCUACCAGAGUAUACCCGGAAUGAUAAUGACCAGAGUGUUGUUGAGAUAUGUAUUACUCGCGUCACAUCUGCCAUCAGGGAGACUGGAAGCAUCGAGCAGCAUGCAGAGGCUCUGGUGGCCCUCUUGCAGACCUGCCUCAACCACAACCUGCGACCUUCCACACGUGACCACGACCCUCCCCAUGCCAAGAUUGCAUCUGACGUUGUCUCCUGUAUCUUUCUGCCAUUCGCAAGUACAAAAGACAGAACGCGAAUUAACUAUCACAAACGAGAAGUAAUGGCUUUAGCACUUCCUGUGGCAGUUAAGUUCUUACACAAAGGGAAUCGUGAACUGAGCCGCAACAUGAGUUCCUACCUCUCCUUGGCCGCUAUUGAGGCAGCUGAUCUCCUGGCCCUACACAUACAGCCUAUUAUUGACUCUGUGAUAUCAGGCAACUAUUCCUUGUCUCGUGUGCUGCCCCAGAUUUAUGCUGUUAAGAAGGAACCCAUACAUGAUCAUGUGAUGACUCUAGUGUCUCUCCUGCCUCAGUGUGAUACUAAUGAAAAACUUGGACUCCUCAUGCUCUUCUCACUUGUUGCUAAGAACAGACCUGCACUUCUGGAGCCAUCACUGCCACAACUAGUUGAGUGUCUGAGCAUCAGUGGGACAUCUAUGGCCACCUUACAAAUUUUUGUGGAGCUGUGCGCAUGGCGACCUCACCCAUUUUCAGAACACGUCACCAGACUGAAGAGUAUUGUAGAGCAGCAGCCUCACUGCCUCGCUCUGGCCUUACAGGUUAUGGCUGCAGUGGGGCGAAUUAGUAAGGAGAAAGGGAAGAGUUCCUUAGACUACAUUGCUCAACAACUGCCCAAGGUCGACUCUAAUAAUUUAGGUGUUGUUUUGCGUGAGGUACAGGUAUUGUGCAGCCAGUACCCGGCCCUCUUAGUAGAGUCUGAGUCCUUGCUUACCGCUGUCAACAAGUGCACAGAUCGGUCCAACACUUCUGCCAGAGUCUACAUUCAGCAACUAAAUAAUGAGUACAAUGAAAUAAGGAACACCAAUGUUAACCACACUCCUGGUGGGGUGACCAUUGUUCGUGUGGGUGGCAGUGGUGGCAAAGCAGAUGCAGUGGUUGGCUCGAGCCGUACAGAUCUCAGCCUAGCUACACGUGACCUGAGUAUAUUCCAGCCUCAUUCAUCAAGUGCAGCUGGUGUUGGAAAGUUUGGCCACAAAUACCAGAAACACAGUGAUACUUCAAGAAGUACUGGACGCUUAGUCACGGCCUCCAAUAGAUCUAUGCCGAGAUUAAAUGCCUUACCUCAAAGUACUGGUCGCCUCGGGUCAUCCUCCAUUCAGCUGAACAAGUCCAUGACACGCCUCAGUUCCUCACAUGGUAUGCACAUAAAUCGCUCCGUCACUGUUCUGGCUCCUCCGUCACGUCACUUCUCUGGCCACCUUGGACCAAGUUCAAGUCACCUGGCUCACAGUUCAGUUACUGGACACCAUCUGGGUGGAUCACAAGUGGGUGGCUCACACAUUGGAGUGUCACGACUAGUGUCUAGUCCUCCCCCACCUGGAGUUCCUAUGUCUGCUGUAUCAUCACUUCCAGGUACAGUGAGUCCAACCAAGAGCAUGAGCUCCUCCUUAGCGACCCUACGUGAAGGUGCUGGAGAGCUGGGUGCUUCAUCAGGGGUGCUGGUUGGCCCUCACCUAUCCCAGGCAACUCUCCUACCUCCAGAACUGCCUCACACUACAACAGUCACUUCCACAGGACAUCAUACUUUAUCACUCCCACUUCAUUUGUCCCGAGAACUUGCUCCCUCAUCUUUACCAGUGACGGUUACUGGUAUAGGCGGUGUCAUCACACACCUCAGGCACUCACAGUCUCCACUCUCCUUGCCUCCCUCCACCACCACUGUCACCACCAUAACAACUCCACAUUCUUCAUCUGGGAGUUGUGUUACAAGUGGCCAUGGUGUUGCAACAAGAUCUAACACAACUCUGACUCAAAUCACUCAUGACCACCACACCACGACUACCAAUGCCUGCACUCAGAGAAUAAGUGUCUUUGAGCCUUUUGCUAUGAGGGAUACAGUACAGCACUUCUGUGAGAAACACCUGGACAAGAUUAAAGCUUACAUGCAGAAAGUGUUUGUCAAGCUUCCUCUCCCUGUGCGCUGUGGGAUUGAAGAGAGAAAAAAUAAAAAACAUGCCAAGCUGUACUUUGCAUGUCAGGGUAAAGGAGAACAUUGUCUCUACAAUAAACAUCUCUUUACUAUGAAAACCAGAAACCCAAGGAUCUGGAUUCACCUCAUGUUCCUUGCUCUUCAGGCUCGGUCCUGUGUGGCCCUGAGUACUCGAGAGAUGCAGGUGAGCAGCCUCAAGAAUUGCUGGGACAUUCUCAAGUGUGAUACCAAGACGUUUGUCACCCUGGUCACAUCUGCCUUCCCUUCUGCAAAGGACAUGGACAUGUUAAUGCACGAGUUGCGAAAUGCAAGAUUUUUUGAUGUUUUCGAGUACAACGGAGUAGAGCAACAGUGGGGUUGUUUCCUCUGUAAUCACCCUGAUCGAGCCAGAGGUUUUGUCGAUGAGGACACCCCUGUAAUUGAGGGACAGCUGAAGGAAAAGAAGAGCAAGUGGAAAAUUUUUCGCAAGUGGCGCACAAGAUACUUUACCCUCUCAGGGGCACAUCUCUCUUACAGAGGAGCUGGCACAGAGCAGGACAAGAUAGAAGAAAAAGGUGGCAUUGAUGUGCAUCAAAUACGCAGUGUCAAGGUUAACAGAGGUGGCAGUAGACACAUUCCCAAGGCAUUUGAAAUAUUCACUGAUAAUAAAUCCUUUGUACUAAAAGCCAAGGACUCCAGUAAUGCAGAGGAGUGGAUACGGUGUUUAUCCAUCGUGGUUGCACAUUCCCACGCUCGGGAGGAACAAAGUCACGGACCGCUUAAAACCACCACAUCCAUUCCCCGUAGCUUUAUGUAUGGGUAUCACUCAUCCAACAUGCGUACGGCUGUGUAAGCUCUAGUUUUAAAUAAAUUAAAGAAGUUUUCUAACAUCACUAUUCUACUGUACUGUAGUCUCUUGUGUAUGGCAUUGGCCACAUUAUAUUUUGUAUGAUUGCUUUAAAAAUGUAUUAGGUCAGUCAGACAAGAUUUAUGAAAUUUAUAUAACUGUUGAUGUUAAAAAUUGUUAUAAGAUAUAAUAUUUAUACUCCAAAGUUUAUGUGACUAAAAUAUUUCUUAUAAAUUCUGAAACUUAAUGAAGUACGUACAGGUUGACCAUGAUUUACGGAAGGGUUGCGUUCCUGAAAAGUUUGUAAAUCAAAGCGUAUUUUCCCAUUGACAAGCAUUAUAAACGGGGAGAUUCACUCCUGUGAUAAAAGAAGAUAUAAUCAGACAUAUAAUAAAAUGAACUAAAGAAACAAUAAUUGUAAACAUUGAAGUUAAUCAUAACUGUACAAUACAGGAACACUUCAGGCAGUUAAUGAACAGGUCAGAGUGAAGGACCAGUUCAUAAGGCAGUUGUUUAGAUCCCAAAAGCUAAUAACACUUUAGAAAAAUGUAAGUAUGGGGGUCAGGUUUAGUAGUAAGUAUCACAAGCCAUAAUUAUAUUUAAUAGAAUUUUUUUUUAUCGGUGAGAAUUUUUUUUUAUCGGUGCUGUCCUUAAAAAAUUACAUUCCAUUGUCACUACUUUCAGCAGCCUCUACAAACAGUUUUUCUGCUUUCUCUAAUGAGUAUUAAGGUAAAUUUAUUGAGUAAAUAUUGUAUUUCUGUUGAUAAGUAUGGCUGUUGAACUCGUUUUGUUAUUCAAUAAUAACAUUAAAAGAUAAAACUAUUCGUCUACCCCCGUGUCUGCCAGCCAGUUGUGGUUUGUUGCCUGGCUCCAUUAAUUUGUAUUUUCUUCACACAUCUGUUGCUUCCUUUCAUCAACAUGUAACAGUUCAGCAAUCUAACUUGAUAGAUUUCUGGUUAACAGUCACACAAAAAACAUCAUAGGAAUUAAAUUAGGGGGUAUAGUAUCUCUGCCAAUAAGCUGUAGCCUCAUGAACCUGCAGUCACAAUGCAUCAGUUGAAAGCAAGAUUUCGUGCAGCUUCCUUUGAUUUAAGUAAAAAAAAAGUCAUCUUUACUUACUGGUUUAUAUGCAUAGAUCAUAGAUAAGAAGGCUUUAUUGAACUUGUUUUGAUAUUUAAUAAGAUAUAAGAAAAACGUGUUCAUGAUUGCUUCUCUGCUAAACACCCAGGGAUGGAACAUUGAUUUAUGUUGGUAAAUGUCAAUAAACAUUAGUAAUUUCCAUAUAGUACUGGUAUUUGUAGAAGUAAUAUUUCGUUUCUGCUUCAUUUGUUUGCAAAUUAAAGGGAACAUUCGCAUACAGCCAGUUAGGUUCUGGGAGGCUUGUUUGUAAGCUGAACAUUCAUUAACUAGGGUGUUCCUGUACGUGCAAUACUGAUGAGUUUAAUCCAAACUAAGAUGAAUUCUACUUAAUAUAAACUAUGGGUGGUCGCUGCCCCGUCACUGCUGCCGUCCAUGACAAAAAGCAACUGCCACUAAUGGUUGCGAUAAACAUAACUUAUAGUUGCAAUAAUUAGCUAUAAUUUACAGUAUAUAUUUUGUAUAUAAUACAUUUAGUACAUGAUACAGUUUCCCAGCUGAUGUAUGGCCCUUCAGGUGUCUCCUGUAUUAUGGUGUACACAAAUUUUCUCUGCUGUUUCAGUGGUUGUCAAAACACGGUAAAAAAAACAAAAUUAUUGACCUUGAGUUCCUUUGGUGUACAACACAUGCCAUGACCUUUCCAGUCAUUACUGUACUGAGAUAAAUGCAGUACAGUAUAUGGUUUUAUCUUCCAUAUUAUUUACUCUCAUAUACUAAACUAUCAUUUAAUACUAAUAUUUAGUGUUUUAACCUGGCAUGGCUAUAUAGUACAGCAGACAUGGGCAACCCGCGGCCUGGACCAUGUGUUUGUGCGGCCCGUGGAGUGAUUGAGAAAUUCUAUCUUAUGUGGCCCGCGGUUCAGGUAGACGCAGCUAGUUUAUGGUGAGGAAAGCAAUAUUUAUUUAAAGAAUAAUCUUGACACAAUUCGUUUCUGUUUCAUCGCCUAAGAGUAAAUAACUACGAAAAUGUUACAGUGAAAUAAGUAUACAGUAAUAGUCAACAAUAUAAACAUGUUAACUUGUAUGAGUUUACGGACCAAGUUCGGCUCGGUCUGUUUGAUGGACUAGUUGCUAUGUGGCAGUAGGUCACUUGGGAAUUAACAAAGGUUGGAUAAGUCAAAGUGGGGCCACGGGCAGUGGUCACACAGGGUUUAUCUAAUUAAGUACUUCCAUUAUAACACAGAGGUACUCCUGAUCAUGCUGAGUCUGAAUCUAUGGUCUAUGAUUCGAUUGUGGGAGGAUUAUUGGUUGUAAUGACGCUUGCACGAUAUUAAUUACAUUAUUUCAAUGCUAAUUACUCGCCAAUUAUGGGUUCCGAGGUGUGAUUUUGGUGUUUGUGUGUUAUACUGGAAGUACUUAAUUAGCUAAACCCUGAGAGAGAGAGAUGCCUUUAGGUUGUUUCAUUGUAGUUCCUCAUAUUCCAAGAUUAACAUUGGCAUUAUUCUGGUGGGUGUCUCUCAUAAGUAAGAAAAAUGCUGUAGCUGUAGGAAAAAUCAACGUAUGCACCAACUAUUUCACUCAUCUUCUAUUAAAUGCCAAGAAAUUUAACAUAUUACCUAAAAAAAAAUUUGCUAAUAAAAUAUUAACAUUACUUUUGGGUUAGGUAGGAUAUAAAUUUUGGUGGGUUGGCCCUCAGAAAAAUACCUAAAUCGUAAUGCGGCCCAUGACUGAGGAAAGGUUGCCCAUGUCUGCAGUACUGUAUGCGUAUUCUGUAUUUUGGGGAAGAAUUAAAAGGUAAAUUAUUAUUUAUUUUUUAUCUCUCUCUUUCUCUUCCAUACUCAUAUAAUCCCUUAUUAUAUUAUUUCUCAUUAGACUCACUUUACAUGGUACUUUUUAGGAACACAUCGUGUACGUUAAGUCAGGAGGAGUUGGUGCAUCUACCUAUGUAAUUAGAAUAUACAGAAAAGCUUCAUUAACACUGGGGUUUUAGCUCAUAAAUUAAUACAUGGAAUAAAAAAUAAAUUAUUCUCUUCAGUAAUCCAUAAAUUGGGUAGCUGUAAAUCAGGGUCUACCUGUACAUACGGUAUAUGUAAAAUGCUUAAUAUGAUCUUUGAUAAAAUUGACACACACACAAAGUUAGUAAUGGGAAAGUUGAUUGUGAGGGUAACAACAUGUGAAACUUGAGUUAUUCACUGUUUUUAUUAAUGGGAUAUGUGUACAGUAUAUUGUUGAUAGAAUAGAUUUGUUGAUUUACAUAUACUUAGUUCAAUGUUGUGAACUGUUGACAAUUAAUUACUGAUUACAGUACUUUUUAUGAUAAACUCUACAGGCAAGAACUAUAUUUUUUCAACAAUUAAAAAAAAAAUACAUUGAGGCGUUAAGCUACAAUAUUGUGGCUGGUAACAUCUCUGUGAAUGCUAAUCAAAUAGUACUACGUUUCCUGCAAAUUUUCCUGUUUGCACUUAGUGAAAUAAGCCAGUAUAAAACCAUUUCCACAUUUGUUUUCACACACAGUUUAUUUACCCUUUAAGAGUGUCUCAUUUAACUGCUUUACUGGAUAGCAGCUCUUAAGUUUUUCUCAGCAUCCACUCUAACCAUAGUUUAAUAAUACAAUGGCAGCCAUACUGUAUGUCUUUCACCUGUGAUCCUGACACUUUUAAUUGAAUGCAGUGUGGCUUCUUCAUUUAUCAAUUGAUCAUCAUUAAUAGUGAGGUUUUGUUACUGACAUAAACUUCACUCAACAUUGUUUUCUUUUUCAUAUUGAUAUAUACUUUUCCCCUUAUUCCAAGAAUUAACAAAAGUAAUUGGUUUAAUGAGCAUCAUCUUAGUAUAGCAAGAAAAGGGAUUAACAGUUAGAUUCGGAGAUAGUUAUAUCUUUGUGUGUCAGGUUCAUUUGAACAGCUUAUAAUGUAGAGAAAUGUGUUUGAGCCUCCCCUCCCUACAAGCUGUCAUCAUGAACAUUUGUUGGUCCUUCCAUGGCUUUGACAAUACAAGAUCAUCAAGUUUCAUUAGUCUUCUCAUCCAUGUAAGAUCAUCACUUCUUCUUGUCCUUUUUCAAGCCACCCAAUGUUCAUAUCACUGUCCUAGUAAUAAUUUAAAUAUCUGAUAAGAAUGAUGCAAAAUGUCAACCUUUUGGUGUUAUAGGGCUCAACACCUCUAUAAACCCACUGUAUAAUCAUUGAAGAACAAUUUUAGAGUAUCACAGGGGAGGAGAAUGAUGGAUAACAUGUUUGAUUAUUUUUAAUAAUAAUUGUAUCUACAAUCUGUAGCUAUAAUAUGUUAACACUCAUGCACGUGGGCGAGAGCACUUUUGUGUACAGCAUCUCCCUCUUUUCCUUCAUAUUUGUUAAGUCUUUGUACAGUACCACUUUCUUCCCUGUACAAGGUAAAUGAAUUGAACUACUUUAACCUAACCUGUUGAUUAUGGUGCAAUAUAUGCCUGAUUAUUACCUCAAACAAUACACGAGUUACACAUACGGUAAAUAUAAGGAAUUAUCAGACUCAUAAAUAAUUAUAAGGAUCGGUCAGAAACUUUCAUGUGUAUAUAUAAGGCAUUGUCAGAAAAUAAUUUUUUCCUCAUUUAAUACUGAUUUUUGAGCAAAAUAUCAAACUAGAGGUGUGAGGGUAUGAAGAGAAUAAAUGACAAGACUUAA